AUGCCAGAAAUACUCAACGACAAAUACGAGAUCAUCACAACCAUCAACAAAGGCUCGUAUGGUGUUGUAAGCCUGGUUAAAGACAUCAGCUCAGGUGAGCAUUACGCAGCCAAGUGCAUCAGUAAACACCGGCCUGAUCGAUCUCGCUUCGCUUCCCUGGCCACAAACCGCCUUCUCUCGGAAAACCCCUCCGAUAACCUUUCGAACUGUACUUCCAACUAUGCGCUGUCAGACGCCCAAAGUAUCAUUGACGGUAGAUACGAAAUCCAAGUCCACAACCUGAUUGGCAAACACCCCAACAUCGUCUCGCUCGUUGACCAUUUCGAGCUCGAUGACAAUUUGUACCUCAUUCUUGAGUAUUGCACUGGUGGCGAUCUCUACGAAGCCAUUCGCUCAGGGGGAGAUAUUUUCUACCCCCACCAGCGGAUUCGUGACCUCAUGAAUCAACUCAUUGACGUGGUUGAAUUCUGUCAUGGCCUCAAUAUUUAUCAUCGGGAUAUCAAGCCCGAAAAUAUCCUCAUUUCUGCCGACGGCCUGUUCAAGCUGACCGACUGGGGUCUGGCCACCUCAGAGCUCAAUUGCACGGAGUUCGAAGUGGGCUCCCGGCAGUAUAUGGCUCCUGAAUGUUUUGGAACUACUGCCGAAAGCUACAACGCGGCAGCAGCUGAUAUUUGGGCUCUGGGAAUUUGUCUUUUGAACGUUUUGUUUGAGCGCAAUCCCUUCAAAGUUGCCAACCAGUCUGAUCGACUGUUUACGGAUUUUGCAGCGUCUCGCGAAUCACUUUUCGAUAUUUUCCCAAGCAUGUCGCAAGACGUGUUUGCGGUACUCAGACAUUGUUUGACGAUUGACCCUCAAAAUCGAUCGUUGUCUGGUAUGCGUAAGGCCCUGGCCGAAGUACGCAUUUGGUCGACCGAAGAAGAGUUUGAGCUCAUUGCAUCUGACAAUGAGUUUGAGCCACCUGAGGUCGAUGUUAUGAAUAUUACCACCGAAGCGGACCGCCCUCCCUUGCGAGUGCCCACAGCUCUUGGUGUGUCCUUGACUCCAAUUAAAGGCAAAUGGGAUUUGCGUAUGCAGUUCACGCCGCCUGUUUCCAGAGCUGAUUUCCAUUUGCAACGCCCCAGUCGCUGCGUGCAUGAUCGUCUAACCGCCGGCAGCAUUCUUGAAGAGGAUGAAAACUUCCUAGAUCAAGAGAGCCAGGAUGAUCGUUUCGAUGCUACCAGCAGUGGCCGGACGCAGCUGACCAGUGAUGACCAUAGCCUGGACUCUGAGUCUUCUCACGAACAUGAUGAUAGUAUUUUCUGCAUGGACGAUCUCUCGCGUCCUUUAUCUGAUAUUUCCGACCCUUCGACGCAAGGGUCGCCUGCUUUGCUGAUUGAAAAAUCUUUGGGUCCCACCGAGUCUGUUGCUGGCACAAACCUACCUGUUCCCUCGACCAUGUUUGAUCUUGACUUUGGUAACGAGGAGCUGGUCCCUCGGUCCUGGGCAGACGAAGACGAAGCUUUUUCUCAACACCAAAGCCUUCACUCCUUCGAGGUGACCUCUUCACGACGUUCUGAUUUAGCCUUCUGA